AUGGUUGGUCUUCAGCAUCCGUUCCAGUGUCUGCGCUAUGUCAACAGACAGCCGGCUGGCCUGUCCAACGUUAUUUUGGCCACUGCCGGUCGCGAGCUCUUCUCAUUUGAUGUAUCCAGUGGGCAAAGACUGGAUGUGUGGCCUCAGCCCGUAGAUGCUGCUCCGGUGGGUGAAAGCUCUGGCGCAACCACAGCAUCUGAAGGUCAAGCUCCCCCAGAGAAGCGAAGAAAGCUGUCUUCGCCCGCUGAUGAUGAGAAAAAUGCAGAGACUGAGCCCGAGGCUAAGUCUAAGGAGUCGAAGAAAGAUGAAUCCAAUUCUUGGACCAAUAUUCCUCUUUUGACUGUGGCGCAAAGCAAAUAUGCAGUGAUCAUGACCGGCGAGGACAAAUGCGUUCGAGUCUUGAGCCUGGCUGAAGAUGGAAAACUCAAGCAAUUGAGUGCUCGCACAUUGCCCAAGAAGCUCAGUGCACUUACUCUCACUCCUGAUGAGAACACCAUCCUAGUUGGUGAUAAGUUCGGUGACGUCUAUGCAUUCCCACUGGUUCCUAGCGCGGACUAUGUGAAGACUCAGCCUGCGGCUAAGCCGUAUGAGCCAUCUGCCACAAACCUGACAGUACACACCAAACGCAAUUUGGAGUCCUUGGAGCAACAGUUGAAAUAUGCCGCUUUGUCCAAGACCAACUCAGAAGAGCGAGCUGUCCUGAACUUUGAGCACCAACUCAUUAUCGGCCAUGUUUCGCUUUUGACGGAUUUGAUUUCAGUCGUUCGGCCUGCAGACUCGGACGUCGGUGCGCGGAACUACAUCUUGACUGCGGAUCGUGAUGAGCAUAUCCGCGUGUCUCGUGGCGUUCCCCAAGCGCAUGUCAUUGAGCAGUACUGCUUUGGCCACACUUCAUUUGUUAACAACCUUUGCGUUCCGUCUUGGGAUCCGAAGGUUCUCAUUUCCGGCGGUGGCGACAACUAUCUACUUGUGUGGAACUGGCUUGAGAACCAGAUUCUGCAGAAGGUUGAGCUUCCCAAAUCAGAGACGGAGAUCGUAGUAAGCGGUAUCUGGGAUGUCUCGUUCAGUCCUGCUGCGGGUGAUGCCGCUUCAGUGCAAACCAUCUUCGUCGCGUUUGAAGGAUCCACACAACUUUACUGCUACUCUCUUGAGAAUAGCAACACUUUGACCCUUAAACAAACUCUCGACCUCUGUGGAAACGUCAUUGAUCUGACAGCCAUCGACUCAAAGGGCUCCAUCAUCGUAUCAGUGGACACACUGCGCCAGCCCAACUCUAUCACUGCGUGGAAGUCGAUCUCGCAACCCCCUCUGGAAACAUUCCGGGUCAGUUCUGGCAAAUGGGCUCCUAUCGAAGACUCCAUGGUUCUCGCCAUCAACUCUGCGGGUACUUCAAGUGUCCCUGAGGGGCUGGAGCAGAAGAAACAAGACGAGCUCAAUGACGCGGUGUACGGCCUGAGCAAGCUGCGCAAGAGGGAUGGAAGCGACGACUAA